AUGGCCACGUGGACGCUGUGCUUGGGCAGCAGGACGAGCUUGAUCUCCAUGGCCGGCAUCCGCUACGAGGGCACCCUGAGCGGGGUCAACACGGACGACUGCACCGUCGCCUUGGCCAAAGUGCGUGUGUGCGGCACGGAGGGUCGCCCCGCCGAGCGAGCCGUCGCCCCUCGCGAGGAGAUCUACGACUACAUCAUCUUCCGUGCCAGCGAGAUCAAGGACCUGGCGGAGUUGGGGUGCCCGCUCUCCGCUCUGCACCCCCACCUGGCCGUCGUGCAGUCCUCCUCGUCACGGGGCGCCCGCCCCCUGCGGGACACGCAGCACGGAGCCCGCGGCGGCCACGGGGGCGGCACGCGCGGAGCCCGCCGGCUCGUGCGGGACACGGCGGACGGGCGGCGGCCUGCACACGGAGGAGCCACAGACGUCCCCCCAAGCGUCAGCAGCGACGGUGUCGGAGCACGAAGCGGAUUGCCGCCCAGACUCCCCGUGGGGCACCGGAGCCGUGCGUUGAGUUGGACGCGGAGUUUGACUUUGCUGAGCGCCAACGCGAAGUUGGACCGCGAGGCGCUGGACAGGGAGUUCCGGGGCAGGGAGGCCAAGCGGAGAGAAGCGGACAAGCUGAGGGGUCCCCGCACGAGCUCCCCCGUCUUCCUGGACGGCUGCUUCUACGACAAAACCAGGAGCUUCUUUGACAACAUUUCCAAAGACGGCGGGAGGAACUGCCGCGUGACGUUGGCGGAGCAGCGGCGCCUGAACGUGGCGACGUUCGGGGCGGACCUCCCCUCCUCUGGCCGAGGUGCAGCCUAG